AUGACAGAAAAAAUUGUGAAGUCUGCAGUUCUAGGUUUCCCAAGAAUUGGUGGGAACAGAGAGUUAAAGAAGCACACCGAGAAGUUUUGGUCAGACCGUAGUGACAGGUGGGUUGGUUACGAAGGUGACUCUGGCAAUAAAGAAGAAAAUACUGCUGCUCCUGAUCUUAGCGGGGAAUUGGAGAGAGAAAAAAACUUGAUCCAAGUUGGUAAGGAAAUUAGAGAGAAGAACUGGAAGUUGCAAAAAGAAGCUGAGGUUGACAUUAUUGCUUCCAAUGAUUUCUCCUUCUACGAUCAAGUUUUGGACUUAUCUGUAUUGUUCAAUGUCAUUCCAGAUAGGUACAAGAAAUUUGGACUAACUCCAUUGGAGACUAUGUUUGCAAUGGGUAGAGGUUUGCAAGAGGGCCCAGUUGACGUUACUGCUUUGGAGAUGGUUAAAUGGUUUGACAGUAACUACCAUUACGUUAGACCUACAUUUUCCAACAGUACAGAAUUCAAGUUGAAUGGUCAAAAGCCUGUCGAUGAGUAUUUGGAGGCUAAGGAAUUGGGUAUUGAGACAAGACCUGUUUUGUUAGGUCCUAUUUCUUUCUUGUACUUGGGUAAGGCUGACAGAGACUCUACUGGAUUGAAUCCACUUUCACUGUUGCCAAAACUAUUGCCAGUAUAUGCUGAAAUUCUAAACAAAUUAGCUGCUGCUGGUGCCAAGUCCGUUCAAGUGGACGAGCCAAUUUUGGUUUUAGAUUUGGAAGAUGAUGUCCAAAACACUUUCAAGGUUGCCUACGAUCAACUAGCAGCAGAGACUGAGGUUGAAAUCGUAUUAGCAACUUACUUCGGUACUGUUUCUCCAAAUUUGAAAGCAAUUAAGAACCUGCCAGUUUCUGGCUUCCACUUUGACUUUGUCAGAAACCCAGAGCAAUUUGAUGACGUGAUCUCCAUCUUGAAUGACAAGCAGAGCUUGUCUGUGGGUGUCGUCGACGGCAGAAACGUGUGGAAAAACAACUUUGCCAACUCUUCAGAGUUAGUUAACAAGGCAAUUGAGAAGCUAGGGGCUGAUCGCGUGGUCGUCUCUACCUCUUCUUCUUUGUUGCAUACUCCAGUUGAUUUGGAUAAUGAGAAGAAGCUUGACCCUGAGAUCAAAAACUGGUUGUCUUUUGCAAAGCAAAAGGUCACUGAAGUUGUCACAUUGGCAAAGCACGCUUCCGGUGAGGAUGUUAGUGUCGAGUUUGAGGCGAAUGCUAAGGCUCUAGCUUCCAGGAGCUCUUCUUCAAUCACUAACAACCCAGAAGUUCAGGAUAGAAUCUCUGGGAUCACUGAGAGCCAGUCUACUAGAAGUGCUCCAUUCGAAGUGAGAUCAAAGGAGCAACAAGAAAUCUUCAAGUUGCCACUUUUCCCUUCGACCACUAUUGGAUCCUUCCCACAAACCAAGGAAAUUAGAAUCAACAGAAACAAGUUGGUUAAGGGCGCUAUUUCGGAAAAGGAGUACGAGGGAUUCAUCCAAUCUGAGAUCGAAAAGGUCAUCAGAUUCCAGGAAGAAAUUGGUUUGGACGUGUUGGUACAUGGUGAACCUGAGAGAAACGAUAUGGUCCAAUACUUCGGUGAAAAGAUCAAUGGUUAUGUAUUCACAGUAAACGGUUGGGUGCAAUCAUACGGUUCCCGUUAUGUUAGACCACCUAUUAUCGUCGGUGACCUUUCCAGACCAGCUGCAAUGUCAGUGAAGGAGUCUGUUUACGCGCAAUCCAUCACUACCAAGCCUGUGAAGGGAAUGUUGACAGGUCCUGUGACAUGUUUGAGAUGGUCUUUCCCAAGAGUUGACAUUGACCAAAGAGCUCAGGCUUUGCAAUUGGCCCUUGUUCUAAGAGAUGAGGUCAACGAUUUGGAAGCUGCUGGAAUCAAGAUUAUCCAAGUCGAUGAGCCCGCCAUCAGAGAGGGAUUGCCAUUGAGAAGCGGCAAGGAGAGAAGUGACUAUCUACAAUGGGCUGCCCAAGCCUUCAGAUUGGCUACCUCUGGUGUUGCAAACCAAACCCAAAUACAUUCUCAUUUCUGUUACUCCGACCUUGACCCUAAUCAUAUCAAGGCUUUGGAUGCCGACGUUGUCUCAAUUGAAUUCUCAAAGAAAGAUGAUCCAGGUUACAUCAAAGAAUUCCAAACCUACCCUAACCACAUUGGGUUAGGUUUGUUCGACAUUCACUCCCCAAGAGUUCCUUCAAAAGAAGAAUUCAUAGAGAAGAUCGAGACUAUUAUGAAGUAUUACCCAGCAGAGAAGUUUUGGGUUAAUCCAGACUGUGGUUUGAAAACUAGAGGCUGGCAAGAAACCAAAGAAUCUCUAACAAACAUGGUUGCCGCUGCCAAGGUCUUCCGUGAACGUUAUGAAAAGUAA